ACCUCGGCCUAGAGCAUGUCAUCAUUGACAUUCUUACAUCUACUUAAAUUCAUUGUGUGCUGGAACAAUUAAGAAGAUACUUCGAAAAAUGUCACAACCAACGUGGUUCCUGGCUACACUUUACGUCACACCAGUUAUACUGGUGUGUUAUUAUCUCCUCGGCCGAUUUAGUCCGUCACGAGCCGCAAUAGGAGUGCUACCAGAGAUGAAGAUAUCAGAGAUCUACGUGUAUCCGAUUAAAUCGCUACGAGCAAUCAAACUGGCUUCUGCAAUUGCAACACCACAUGGCUUUGCACAUGACCGCACCUUUAUGCUCCUCGAAAAAACACCCACAGGCUACAAAAACAUGGCCGUAGCCUCCUACCCCCAAAUGACGCAAUUCCUCCAAGAAAUCUCUCCAUCACCUUCAUCAACCUCCAAUGCCCUCAGUAACAGCAGCAGCAGCAGCACCGACUCCACCCUUACAAUCCACUACCUAGCCCACGGCAACCACGCCAAACAAUCCAGCCUCACCAUCCCCCUCAACCCGCCAACCACCUCGCUGCCAACGCUCGAAAUCUCCCUCCACGGCAGCCCCACAACCGCCUACCGCACGCCCGACGCAUACAACACCUGGUUCACAUCCUGCUUCGGCUUCCCCGUCGAACUCGUCCACCUCGGCUCAAACCGGCGCUCCCCACGCUUCAGCAACCUCCCUUUUUCUUCAUCAUCAUCACCUCCCAGCAGUAGUACACCGCAAACCUCGCAAUCCCUUACAUUUACAGACUGCGCCCCCUACCUCUUCACCUCGUCCGCCUCCCUCGCCUCCGUCUCCUCGCGCAUCGCCUCGGAAAUGGACGUCACAAAGUUCCGCCCCAACGUCUUGCUUGAGGGCGCCAAAGACGCCUGGAGCGAGGAUUUCUGGUCCCGCAUUCGCAUCCAGAGUGACGAGGCCCAGGCGGAGGUCGCCCUCGUGCAUAAUUGUGUGAGGUGCAAGAGUAUUAAUGUCGAUUAUGAGACGGGGAGGCCGGCGACGGGGGUCAAGGGUGAGGUGCUGAAGCGGUUGCAGGCCGAUCGGAGGGUGGAUCAGGGCGCGAGGUGGAGUCCCGUGUUUGGAAGGUAUGGGUUUUGGGUUGGGGGGAAGGACAAGGAAGAGGUGGUGUGGAGGGUUGGGGAUAAGGUUAGGGUUACAGGAGUGAAUAGGGAGAGAACUGUUUGGAGCUGGCCGAAUCUUGGAUAGUGAGUGCAAGUAGGGCGACAGCAGAACCGAGCAUCCUCAAGAUUUGGAGUGGACUGACAAUUUAGAUCAAAGACGCAAGCGUUGAAAUGGUGUUAAAUGUUAUAUUUCUUCAGCUA